ACAACACGACAGACAUUAACCAUCAAUACUUAUUGAUAUUUUACACCCAAAAGUGAUUUUCAUAGAAUUGUUGACUUAAUGAGUUAAUCUAUAAGCUUGCCGAUGUUGUCUCUUUGAGAAAAUAAAUGCGUAAUACAUGAUGUCUAUGCUUUUAGUAUGAAAGCAAUAUUAACAUCAAUUUAAACUCCAUCUUGAAGCAUUCAGUUGUAAAUACUGACUACUGACAUGCGCAGGACAAUUAAUGGUUAGAUACGAUUUUUUGCUAAUAAGGACAUUUUGCAACAUAUGUAUUUGGAAACUAUUGUUUUGAAGAUGAAGAUAUAUUCGUUUGUUUCUUAUCUUUAUUUCAUGUUUACAACGAUUAAUGGACAGGACUCAAGCAAGAGGCGUAAAAUCGGUGCUAUAUUUGACCACAGAUCAAGACAUUUAGCAAAGACAUUUGAGUUAGAAGUAGGUCGUCUAUCAACCAUGGACAAAGAUAUCACACUGGAACAGAUUCAUGAGAUUGUAGAUUGCCAAGAUAGUUAUUACGUUACAAAUGCAAUUUGUGAUUUGCUAGAACAGAAUGUAUACGGAAUCCUUGGAGCAUUUCAUUCAUGUGCUUUAUCAACCAUACAGUCUUAUACUGACACUUUUAAAGUUCCCUUCAUAUCGUUGAGUAUGCCACAACAGUCCCUGUCUUCAGAUCCAUAUCAGCUUUACAUUAGACCAUCAUAUAUUACAGGGCUUCUUGAUAUUGUUCAGCUUAAAGAAUGGAACAAAAUAUUCUAUAUAUAUGAAACAGAUGACGGAUUAGUACGGUUACAACAACUAUUUCAAGACAUUAAUAAAAGAGAAAUGAGCAUUGAUAUUGUUGUUAAAAGAGUUGUAUCUGUGAGUCAUUGUCAUCGAGAGCUGCGAAGUGUUUACAAUACAGACAGAAAAGACGAUUUACGAGUAUUCCUAGAUCUGACAACUGAACAGUCUGAAGAACUUAUUACAUUAGUAAAAAACGAUCCGGACAUUAGCAAUACCAGAUUUCAUUUUCUAAUUAUAGACUUGGGAAUGAGUGAUAUGAACGAAACAGUACUUUCCGCGGGACUGAACGUGUCGGGUUUCAGUUUACCAGAAACAAAAGGCUGGGAAUCACAGCCAACCAGAAAGAAAACAUUUGGGGAUGAUCUUGUUAAAGAUGCAGUAAUGGUCUUCCAUAGAGCAUUGAAGAAAAUUGAACAAGUAACUCCUAUCCAUAAAGCUGACGAAAUGAUGAAAUGCAGAGAUAAUGAACGUAGAAUAACAUUCAGUCCAGGAAAAAAAGUUCUUAAUCAGAUAAGAAAGGUAGAAUAUAAUGGAAAAAGUGGUAAAAUAAAAUUUAAAAAUAAUGGAUGGCGGAAAGAUUUUGUAUUGCCAUUGUAUGAAACAAGAAUGGAUAUGGGAAUUGCUAAAGUUGGAAGUUAUAAUCCACCGACACGGCUUAAUUUACAUAAACCAGAUUUGGUUUCUAAACCACAGAGGCAGAAUUAUACAAAUGACAACAUAAUUUGGCGAAUAACCACAGUCAAGGAAGACCCAUAUGUAAUGCAUAAUGAAAUUGGGCAACGAACAAACGCCCAAUGCGGCAGGGAAAACUUUACAGGAUAUAUAAUAGACCUGAUAGAUGCUGUUGCUACACAUAUGAAAAUUAAAUAUAAAUUAUGCAUUACUAAAGAUGAACAAUAUGGAAAGGAACUUGAAAAUGGUACAUGGAAUGGAGUGAUUGGGGAAUUAGUCAGAGGUGAAGCUGAUAUAGCAUUUUGCGCAAUGACAAUAUCAUCAGAACGAGAAAGAGUAGUCGAUUUUACAAAACCGUUUAUGAGUCUAGGCAUCAGUAUCAUGAUAAAGAAACCAGCCAACAAGAAAGCACACACCUUCUCAUUCAUGGACCCUUUGUCUUAUGAAAUUUGGAUGUGCAUUUUGUUUGCCUACGUCGGCGUUAGUGUAGUUUUAUUCCUUGUCAGUAGAUUUAGUCCAACAGAAUGGCAUAUAGAAGACAACAGCACAAUAAAAAACGCCUUUACCAUAUCUAACAGUUUAUGGUAUUCCCUAGGUGCUUUCAUGCAACAAGGAUGUGAUAUCAGUCCUAAGUCUGUUUCUGGUAGAAUUGUUGGUAGUGUAUGGUGGUUUUUCACUUUGAUCAUUAUAUCAUCUUAUACAGCAAAUUUAGCGGCUUUUCUCACAGUUGAGAGAAUGAACACGCCAAUUGAUUCUGCAGAGGAUUUAGCUAAACAAACACGAAUUCAGUAUGGAGUUUAUGAAGGCGGAACAACCUAUAAUUUCUUUAAGAAAUCAAAGGUAGCAAUUUAUGAACGUAUGUGGGCUUACAUGUCUUCUGCACAAGAUGUGUUUGCAAAGACAACAUCGGAAGGAGUAAAGAGGGUUCGAGAUGAAAAUGGAAAGUAUGCAUAUUUGAUAGAAUCGUCCACAAAUGAAUAUAUUAACACAAGAAAACCAUGUGAUACCAUGAAGGUCGGAAGCAAUCUAGAUUCAAAGGGAUAUGGCAUUGCAACUCCAAUUGGGUCAAAUCUAAGAGACAGACUUACGCUUGCCGUUCUUAACUUAAGGGAAAGAGGAAGUUUACAGUCAUUGAAGAAAAAGUGGUGGGACGAGCGAUCAGAAUGCGGAGAUGAUGCCACUGUCAUGGAUGGCAGCAAUGCUGAGUUGAAAUUGAAUAAUGUUGCUGGAAUUUUCUACAUUUUAAUUGGUGGAUUAUGUUUGUCAGUAAUCAUUGCUGGAUUCGAAUUCUUAUACAGGUCAAUAGCUGAAUCUAGAAAAUCUCAGAAAACUUUUGGUACAAUCGUUAGGCAAAAAGCUCGCCUUUCCUUCAGAGGAUCUAUAGAUUCAGUCAAUCCGGAGGCUUCAACUCCAUUAAAAAGUUCCGGAUCAUUUGGAACAUACAAAUAUAAUGGACCAUCACAGUUACCUGGUUUUGACCCUUAUGUUGACACAAACACUCAUACAGAAGUAUGACGUCCAACCAAACGACUACUGUUGACCUCUCCAUGGUGGUAUAAAUAUUGCUUGUGAUACAUUUUACAUCUGUACAGUUUAAUGACAUUCAUAACAUCGACGUUUGCACGUGGUUUUGUAUUUUGUUAACUGUUUAUUAUGUAUAAAUUGAUUAAAAUUUUUAUAUAUAUUUGACGUAUAGAUGAGGUGGUGAUCAUUUUAUUUACGUCAAUAAUAGACACUCUGUCUUCCAGUAUUUGUCGAGUUCAAAGGUAAAUUGUAUUUGUUACAAAUUCAAAAAAAUCCAUUUACAAAUAAAAUUAGGAUAAAUCAUAUUAAGACAGUUCUUUUGAUGAGUUUGGUUUUCCCUUAUUUUUAUAAGAAUUACUAUUUGUUUAUGUAUAUAUAGACAUAUGGAUAUCAUAUACAAAAAGCACGGACUUUUGAAGUAGAUUAAAUACGACACUGAUGAUGCUUUGUAUAUCUUUUACUUUUCUUACAAACUGAAAAUAUAUAUUUUGUUUUGUGCUUGUUUUGACAUUGACAAGGAUAUUGGAACGACUUGAGUCACAUUGCUGAUAUAAACUAAAAAUAUAUGCCGUUUAAUUUUUCACACAUAUUCCGUCUUCAUAAAACAAAUGUUUUUUUUUAUACAUUAUAUUUGUUUAUUUCUAGAGUGGUAUUGUAGUUGUGUGUACAUUGUUGUUAUCAUUCAAUUAUUGAUCCAGUCAUUAUCAUAAUCAUCAUAAAAAUGUACUCACGUAUCACUCGUAUCAAUUCUAACAACUCAGUGCUGGUACAGUAUGAUUUAACUUAUACACAAAAAUUAAUUACAUUUAUUUAUCACAUAACUUUCAGCCUUAGAAACUAAAGGCAAAGUAAUCGUUCUCUUGGUUGAAUCAUGUUGAAAUUAUUAUAAAAGAAAAAUGUAUUCUGAUUUUUAACAAAUGAAUGAUACUCAAACACAAUAUUUUGUAUAGAAAAGAAACAAAAUUCUUGAAAAAGAUUUGCCAUUCUAGUAUUACUUGUGGUAUGCAUUGAGAGAGAUUUUUUUUAUAUACAAACCUUAUUCAUAGCCAUAACGUUUUUUCUGUGAUAGCCUAUUUUAUAUGCGUGCAUCGAACUACAUACAAGGUAUCAUAAUUGUGCAAAUGUGUUUGUAUCUAAAUAUGGUGUGGCAUUGAUGCACAAUGAAUUAAGGCUUAAACUGUUUCACACUAACAUUUAUCUUAAUAUAUGUAUUAAGUGUACAUAACUUAUUUGAAAAGUGUUCGUCAUUUGUCAAUGUCAUAUAUGUAUGUUUAAUUUUAUCGUACCAUAAAACUAUGUUUAUGAUGUCAGAAUAAAAUAUUAUGCACCCG